CUGUCAUGCAAAUAUGAAAGUAAACUUUUAUUUGGUUAACUACGUGUAUAUAUAUGUGUUUUUAAACGAUUGUCAUAUAAUUGCAUAGGGGUCUGACCGUUCUGACUCGUGAUCACGUGAUGCGCGCAAUGACAGUUGGGUGAUUAUCGCUCUCCACUUCCUGUGAAGUGAUGUAUCGAUGUUCCCUGAUUCCCUAUGCCGUGCGCAGUGCCCUUCGAACUGAACAUGUUCGCUCCCUUUGGAUUGGAAUCUCACUUAAGAUGGCGGAAUACCCUGUGAAGUCCACUUCGCAGUCCACUUACGGUCGAAUGGAACGCACCUUGUGUGAAUCCCGUUGAUUUGCAGGAUGGAGGUUACGAGACAGAAUUUUAAGGAGGUUCUUCCACUGGUGUGUGAUGCUGUCCAAGAGGCGGAUUUUAUCUCUAUAGAUGGAGAAUUUACAGGAAUCAGCGAUGGGCCGUCAGUCAGCGCUCUUACAAAUGGACUCGACACACCAGAUGAGAGAUACAGUAAACUGAGGAAGCACUCCAUGAAUUUCCUCCUCUUCCAGUUUGGACUCUGCACCUUCAGAUACGACCAGAAUCAAUCCAAAUACAUCACUAAAACAUUCAACUUCUACGUCUUCCCUAAACCCUUUAACCGGACGUCUCCUGACAUCAAGUUCAUCUGUCAGAGUUCCAGCAUUGAUUUCUUGGCCAGUCAGGGUUUUGACUUCAACAAAGUCUUCCGCAGCGGGAUCCCGUAUCUGACGCAGGAGGAGGAGUGUCAGCUGAGGGAGCAGUAUGAAGAGAGGCGGAGUCAGAUGAAUGGCUCGGGUCCGGUCACGUACACGCCCACUUCUGGGAUGGGGAUCAGUCACAUUCCUGAAGACCAGAGAGGAUUUAUUAAGAUGGUGGAAGAGAAAGUUGAAGAUCUUCUGAAGAACUCUGAGAAAUCUCUGGACCUGGAGCCCUGCACAGGCUUUCAGAGGAAACUCAUCUAUCAGACUCUUAACUCAAAAUAUUCUAAAGGACUUCAUGUGGAGACACUUGAGACAGACAAGAAAGAAAGAUUCAUUCAGAUCAGUAAAGUGGAUGAUGAGGAGAGGAGGAGGAGAGAACAACAGAAACACCAGAGAGAGCAGGAAGAGCUGAAUGAUGCUGUAGGUUUCUCUCGAGUUAUUCGAGCGAUCUCAAAGUCUGGUAAGCUGGUUGUUGGACACAACAUGUUGCUGGAUGUGAUGCACACUAUCCAUCAGUUCUGUGGGCCGCUGCCUGAGGACCUGGAUGAUUUUAAAGACGUGACCAUGUCUGUGUUUCCCAGACUGUUAGACACUAAGCUGAUGGCAUCCACACAGCCCUUUAAGGAGAUCAUCAGCAACACAUCUCUGGCAGAGUUACACAAACAGCUGAAAGCUAAACCUUUCAAAGCACCCACGACUGAUUGUCCUGAAGACUUUCAGAGUUAUGACACAUCAACAGAACAGCUUCAUGAAGCCGGAUAUGAUGCGUAUAUCACUGGAUUGUGUUUCAUCUCUAUGGCAAACUAUCUGGGUACUUUCCUCACUCCUCCUAAGAGUCACAUCUCUGCCCGCUCCAAACUCCUCGAACCCUUCUACAACAAAUUGUUCUUGAUGAGGGUGAUUGACAUUCCUUACCUGAACAUGUGUGGACCAGACUUGCAGCCUAAGAGAGAUCAUGUUCUCUACGUCACAUUCCCUAAAGAAUGGAAAACCAGUGACCUUUACCAACUCUUCAGUGCUUUCGGUAACAUCCAGGUGUCAUGGAUUGAUGAUAUGUCAGCGUUCGUUUCUCUCAGCCAGACAGAACAGGUCCAGAUAGCCGUGAACACGAGCCGUUAUGCAGAGAGUUACCGCAUCCAGACGUAUGCUGAAUAUUUACAGUCCAGACAGAAAAACACAAACACCAACAGGAAGUGGGCUGACGACGGGUGGGCGGACACUUCUUACAAUGAUCCUGCCAUGACGACAACCUCUGGCUUCAGCCACGCCCACACCCAACAUCAUGCAGUGAAGAGAAGCAUCAGUCCGUCUCUGGAUGAGCAGAACUGUAAUGCUGACAGCAGCUGGACUCAAUACUGCGGUAUAAAGAAGAUGAAAACUGAAGGAGGGUGUUCACAAACGCAUGAUGACAUCAGCGGGUCUGAAGUGACAGGAGAUUGGCUGAGACAGCAGCCAGAUGAAAGCACAGCGUGUGCAAGCCUGAAUCAGGAGGAGGCGGAGCCAGACGAGUCCUCAACCAAUCAAAGUCAAGGUAAACGGAACCGCAAGCACAAAAAGAGGAAGUCAGACGCUUCUGAGACGUCACCGCCGGUGCUCUUCGAUGUUCCUCAGGUUUGGUAACGAGAGCUCAACAGCCAAUCGAAUCACUCUGUCAGUCCAGGUGUACUUAACAGCCAAUCAAAAGACUGCACUUAUAAAGUUUGCCACGCCUGUCAUGUGGCACUGUAACUUCCUGUGACCCGGCCGCUUACAUCUGUGUGACUGAGAUUUAGAGCGUUUAAAGGUGCUGAGGUUCACUGAGCCGUUAUCUUUAUGUGUGUGUGUGUGUGUGUCUGUGUGUCAGGGUAUGUUGUGGUAUUUUAACACGGUUCAGAAGAGUGUGAUUCCCUCAUUUUUAAAUGUUGUAGUGAUGAAUGGCCCGUGUAGCGUCCUGCAGGUUUAUUUAUUUCUCAUGAGGGUUCUUCUCUUUAUUCAGAUUUACAGUGAGGGUUAAAAAAAGUGUCAAUGUAUGAAUCCUGUAUUGAGAAAUGUCUUCAUAAUCAUGAUAUAUUUUGUAUGAUGAAAUGUUAAAGUAUUUCCUCCUCUAGGGGAGAUCAAAUUAAAGCGUCUUUCUUAGUAGAUCUGUGGUGAAUUUCUUUACUGUGAUGUCAGGAACUCCUUCAGGGAUCUCAAAUCUUCCUCUUUGUGUUUGAUGGAUCUCUAAUGAUAAUCCAGUUAAGUGCACAAACUUUGAUCAUGAGUUUAUUUACAGCAGCGACUCGCCCUGCAGUCAGGUUUAAGUUUGAAGUUCAGGUGAUUUUGUCAAAAUCUUGAAAUAUGAAUGACAAAGUGCAGAGUUUCUUCAGUAAAUAAGUGAGAUGAACUACGGUGAAAUCAUAAACGGUGAUAUGAUAGAAUGUGUUUUAUCAGUAUUCAAUCAUGAGUUUUAACAUGAAUGAGAUGUAUGAUGAUCUGCUAAGAUCUGACCCACUGCUUUUCAAAAUAAGCCUUUUAAAUGUAGUAAAAUAAAUGAGUCUUGUUUUCAGUAAAAAUAUCUAAAUUCUUGGGUCAUUUUGCUAUUUGAGAAAAAUGCAUCAUGAUUUAAGAAAAUUGGUUUUGUUUUAAGACAAAAAAUUUAAGUGAAUUUGUGCUUAAAAUGAAAAAAAAAAAACAUUUUCCCAAUGGGGUAAGAGUUUUUCUUGAAUUUCUUCUAUUAAGUGUUUAAGAAAGUCUUACCCUGUUAGUAGAUUUAUUUAGCCUGUUUUAAAAUAUCACAUUUACUUGAAUUUGUGCUUAAGACUUAUUUUCUUGGAUCAUUUUGCUCAUGAAAAAAAAUCAUUUUUAAGCAUUUGGAGAUAUUUGUAAUGAAAAUGAGACAAAAUACUAAGAGAUAUUUUGCAGUGCAGAUGUUCUGAUGUUACUCCUAAUGAUUAUAUUCUC